UCACAGACUAUCCCCCAAGAUGGCGUCCUCAUGGUUGGUCCUAACUUUAGAGUUGGUAAAAAAGUCGGCAGUGGAAAUUUCGGCGAACUUCGACUUGGUAAAAAUCUUUAUACUGGUGAACAUGUAGGAAUUAAAAUGGAAGCGCAGAAAGCCAAAGUGCCACAAUUGCAUUUAGAGUAUAGGUUCUAUAAGCAACUCAAUCCAGCCGAGGGUGUUCCACUGGUGUACUACUUCGGCCCUUGUGGCAAGCACAACGCUCUCGUCAUGGAACUCCUGGGGCCCACCCUUGAAGAUCUGUUCGAAAAAUUCGACAAAAAAUUUUCCAUGAAAACUAUCGCCAUGAUCGCCAUUCAGUUGAUGACCAGGAUUGAGUAUGUCCAUUCCAAACACAUCGUGUACCGUGACAUCAAGCCGGAGAACUUCCUGGUGGGCCGGUGGUCAAACAAAAAGAUGAACAUCAUCCACAUCAUCGACUUCGGCCUAUCCAAACUCUACAUCGACCCGACCACGCAAGAGCACAUACCGUACAGAGAACACAAGAGUCUGACCGGUACCGCGCGCUACAUGAGUAUCAACACCCAUCUCGGUAUCGAACAAAGCAGACGAGACGACAUGGAGGCGAUAGGGCACAUGUUGAUGUACUUCCUGCGGGGCUCCUUACCUUGGCAGGGCCUCAAGACAGAAACCCUGAAGGAGAGGUACCAGAAGAUUGGCGAGACCAAACGUAUUACCCCUAUCGCCUCCCUCUGUCAAGGGCAUCCUGAAGAAUUCAAGAUAUAUUUAGAAAACGCCCGGGGUUUGGGUUUUGCCGAGAAACCGAACUACGAAUACUUCCGGAAUCUGUUCCGGGGACUGAUGAAAAAAAAUGGCUGGGACGUUGAUUGGGAGUUUGACUGGAUC